AUGGGAUUGGCUUGCCAUAUUGCGAAAAUUCAUAGCGAGGCAUCAGUGGAGAAUAACGCGUGGGAACUGAAACAAUACAUUGAGGAGCUCUACUGGGGAUCUGGUAAGCAGGUUCUGCUCCUUGGCCAUAGCAAAGGUGGAGUUGAUGCAGCUGCAGCUCUUUCCUUGUACUGGUCUGAGCUCAAGGUCGCCUCCGAUAUCCUUCGAGAAGGCCAGAUUGCUGAUAAGGAGACAAGGAGGAUCAUGGAGCUCAUCGGUGACAUCAGGGCCUUGGAGGACCUCACAUAUGCUAAGAGAAAUGACUUCAUCUCCAAGCACAAACUCCCCAUCGAUGAGCUGCCGAUCAUCUCCUUCCACACCGAAGCCAGCACCGCGCCCACAGUGCUCGCGUCACUGACCCGUGUCGCCCAAGCCGAGCUCCUCCCAUGGCUUCCCCUGCCACGGUUCUUCCUAUCUACAUCCGACUUUGUCGAGUCAAUGCUCGCCUCUCUGAAGGUCCCCGUGGUCGCGCCUGUGUCGGCAGCCAUGGCGGUCACAGCCCUCCACCUGCGUCUGCGCUAUGGGGAGAGGAGUGACGGGCUGGUGACACGGCGCGACGCCGAGGUACCUGGGUCAGUGGUGGUGAGGCCCGAGAGAAGGCUGGACCAUGCGUGGAUGGUUUACUCCACGCUGAAGAUGGGCAGCGCUGAGGCCGAUGCAAGCACGAAUCAGGGUAUAGGUGAAGGAUUUGAGAACAAACAAACCUGUGGAGAUGGUGUGACCGAAUUAUUCGGGCGCUUGAAGCUUACUCCUGAAGAAAGCAAAGUGUUGACAGUGGAUGAUGAUGUGGAGGAAGGUCUCGCGACGUCAGAUUGUGCCAUUGUUGGUAAGGUCUUAUCCUCUAGUGUUCUCCACUUACAGACUAUCAUAGGGGCGCUACGUCCUGCUUGGGGAAAUCCAAAAGGCCUAGUUGCCAGAUCAGUGGGAGAGAACUUAUUCAUUACGGAAUUUGGGUCUAGACAGGAUUUGGAACGUGUGCUUGAUGGAUCACCUUGGAAUGUUAGUAAGCGAGCUGUGCUUAUAAAAAGAUAUGAUCCAAAUCAGAGGCCCACAGAUAUUGUUUUUAAUCUUUUGCCAAUCUGGGUGAGAAUUAUGAAUCUCCCUUUUGGUCUUAUGAAUGGUAAAUGGGGAGGUCAGCUAGCAGGUAUGAUUGGAGAGGUUGAAAAAUUAAAGUUAGAUGACCAAGGAAGGGCGUGGGGACCUUACCUACGAGCAAAGGUCGCAAUUGAUGUUUCAAAACCUCUUCGACGUUGUGUCGGAAUUUUCUCAGCACGACGACAAACUAACGAAUGGUAUGAUGUGCAGUAUGAAAAGCUACCUCACUUUUGCUUUUCUUGUGGAAUUAUAGGGCAUUCGUCUAUUGAAUGUCCUAGCCCAGCAGCUCGUGAUAACAAAGGCUUACUGCCAUAUGGAGAGAAUCUUCGGGUCCCUGAUGACAAGAAGAAAAAGCAAACUGACGAUAAACAGGGUCAUGCCUCACCAUCAAGUGGCCGCAACGCCAAUUCGAGAAGUCGAUAUGAUGGUACUGAAACAAAUUCAGCUCAACAUAUUUCUGUUAGUUUGGAGAAUGAAAGGGAUUUAAAUAAUAAAUCUUUGAACAAACGAAGUGAAAUUGCUGGAAGGGACAACUUAAUUCUUGAGAAUGAUCAAAUGGAUAUACAGGGCAGGAAACGCAAACAGAAUGAGACUACAGAGUAUGAUAUUGACUCUUCCCAAUUAAUGCAUCAAAUUUCGGUGAAUGAUCUGGCAAUUGUACCUCUUGUCCCUGGAUCACAGCCCACGUUUGAAGAACCUGACACGGGUUCUGAUGAUCUAGAACAGAAAAAGAAGAUGAAGACAGAAGAAAAUUUUCCCAUGGAAUUAUCGGCGGUGGCUGGCUUCCAGCCCCGCCGACAGCAAUGA